AGCUUACGAUUUUACGCUUCUAGUUCACCAAAUCGUUUUACGCUUUUACGCUUUUAGUUCACCAAAUGGGUAUUCUUUUCAUGAAAUUAAUUUAUAAAAAGUAUAUUUUAAAGGUAAAUCGCCAACAAUAUGAUACAUUUGAUAUUAAAAGAUACAUACCAGGUACUUGGAUUCAUUCUCAGCUUCAAUAUAGUAAUCUAAUUCACUAGCUAGGCCCUUACCAAAUUCAUUAGCAUAGAGGGAAAGGUGGCUUAUUGUUAAGAUCUAUGUUUAUGAACUUAUUGUUAAGAUGCUAUGAGUUGCUCUACUUUAGACAUGAAUUGUAGGUAUUUAUUAACUUAUCUAAAUUCUGUGCACUCAUAUUUUACAUAGUAUAUGUCGUACUUAACAAAUUUUUAGAUAUCGCCGAUGGUAGGACAUAAAGUUCGUGGUCCUUGUCUUGAGGGGAUGAUUUUUAUGGGACAAUCCAAUUACCACAUCGGUAAAUAGGGUUGGGAAUCCAGACCAAACCGUAUGGGAAACCGCGGUCUAGUGAUAGACCGUUAAUUACACAUGUUUUUACCCCUGUUCUUACACCGUUUGAGGUGUUGAUUCUCGUGUUUUAGGCCGAUCACACUAGGUUGUGCUUGUUUGUCAUAUUUCAGGUCCUAGUACGUGAAUGGAGGCUUGGGAGCGAGUUUGGGGGCAAUUGAACGAGAAUCGGACGCGUGGCGAGGUGCUAAGGAAGCUGCACGGGCAUUCCUGGAAACCACACGGCCGUGCAACUCACAAUUGUGGCCGUGUGGUUUUUGUCGAGAGCAUGCACGGGCAGGAUGGAGACACCGCACGGCCGUGCGACCCUGGCCGUGUGGGAAGCCUGAGUUCGAACUAAUUGGAAUGCAGCGUUUUGACUCGCACGGGCAACUGGGUGAGCCACACGGCCGUGUGGCCUGCCCGUGCGAGUCGGGAAAUCUUGGUUUUUCAGCCAAUUUCGAGCCACAAGGGGGAGAAUCGAACUUUUUAAGCAAAAACAGAGCCCUAGAGAGAGAAAGUACGAAGAACACAUCCUAGAAGCUAUCUUGGAGCUGGGUUUCAUCGAAUCGAGCUUGGAGAUCGUCCUAAGAGUGGAAAUCAUCAUCCCGGAGCAGAUUUUCCUCAUCUUUAUGAGUAUGACUACUCCGAUUACUGUUUUCUUUUCUCUUCUCUAUGGAGUAACUUCCCUUCACUUAGGUUUUGAGGAACCCUAGCUAUGUUUGUUUGAUUGGAUGAUUGUAUGAGUACUCUCACUUGAUAAUCUUGAGUUCAUAUUCAAUCUAUGCAUGUUUUCAUGAUUCAAUUAUGCUUUAGUCGAGAUUAUUGAUUCUGCUUUGAUCCUAUGAGAGGGAAUACCUGAUUAGGUCAAUAAAGCACCAUAGAUUGAUAGUAGUGGAUCGAUUGCUUUAGUCGAGGGUUGAUUUACUACUUUGUAUCGAUUGAGAACCUCUUUCGAUAGAGGGAGUCUAGUUCAGAACGCCUUGAUCAGUUGUUCUAGGGCUGGAGGUUCGGUUAUCAGUUACCGGUUAACCGGCCGGUUAAACCGAUAACCGGUCGGUUAAACCGAUAACCGGCGGUUACCGGUUAACCGAUAACCGAAAAUUAUAUGCUUCGGUCGGUGGUCGGAGCUCCUAAUAGGUAAUUCGGUUAACCGAGUAACCGAAAACCGGUUAUUCGGUUAACCGAUAAUAACCGAAAAUAACCGACCGACCACCCCCCUCACCAAAACGAUGUGAAAAUACCCGGUAUGAAGUUUAUAAUUUUAUGUUGUUGAAUUUGAGACAUUAAUUUGGUGAUUUAGAUGUAAAAAUGUAAGUUAGAACCUUUCAUUUUAAGAAAUUCUAAUAAUUUUACCUGGUUAAAACCGGAUCACCAUCAUUUUUUCGGUUAUCUCGGUUAACCGACCAACUAACCGAUAACCGACCGGUCGGUUAUUGGUUAACCGAGGCAUUGACGUCUGCCGGUGUUCGGUAGGGGGAGAUGGUGGUUCGGUUAAGCGGUAACCGAUCAAUCGGUUAUCGGUUAUAACCGAACCGAACCGAAUCCACCCCUAAGUUGUUCUAGAGAAGGAUACGUCCCUCUAGGCAAUUGAGUCAAGAGGGCCUUGUUCCUUUAGUCGAGACUCAAGGUCUAAUCAAGGAUUCUCCGCAUUGUGAAUGAAAGUGAAACAAGUUAGAAAUCAUCAAUCGUUAGUCUGGCUAGUGGCUAGGGGGAAUCAUACCUAAGUGAGUUCCCAACCUGUAAUUAGAUUAACUUUAACUGUAGUUUGCUAGAGUAGUUUUAGUUCUUUCAUCUUAAUCUGGUUUGCUAAAUAAUAAACUGAAGCUGAGUAAUAGUAACUCUAGAGACCCGUGGAUUCGAUAUUUAUCACUUGAGCCACUAUACUGCAGUCCCUACAGUAACACCUACAAUGAGGGGUGGCGCCAGCAUCCCAAUUUCUCCUGGGGUGGGGCAAAUUCCAGACCACCAGUCCCCCAGGGACCACCGGGAUUCCAGAGGCCACCAUAUCAGCCCAGACAGGGGCAAUUCCAGCAGCAGCAGUCUCUCUACCAGCCCAUGCAGGGGCAUGCUGCUCCAUCACAGCCGCGACCUUUCCAGCAGCCAGGUGCAGCCCCUGCCGCCCCAGUGCAGAAUGAUCAGAUGGCUGAACUGCGGGAAUUGGUGGGUUCUCUCGCCAGUUCUAGUGCUCCCACCUUGGCCAUCCGAGUAUUCACUCGCUUGCAUCCUGCCCGAUGGCCAAGUUGAGUUGGCAAAUGAUGGUGGCCACAUUCGGCGUGUGCAUGGCCACCAUUUGAAGUUGUAGCUCAAGAGCGAGGUGGAUCCGCUCUUGAAGGCACCUGUUCCUUCACCUCACUGAGCAUCCACCGACUGGCGUCCAGCUAAAAGACGGUAAAGAAGCGCUUGUGGGGAGGCAACCCCACCUAGGUUUGCAUUUUCUUACCUUUUUCUUUUUGAUUUUUUGUGUUUUUUGAGUCUUGAGAUGUUGUUCCAGAGUCGAGUGUCAUUUUUGGGUGAAAACAGGCUGAAUUCGGGCCUCCAGCAGCUCGCACGGCCAGGCCAUACUCUCGCACGGCCGUGUGGAUAUUA